AUGGGGAUUCGGUUGCCUGAGAUGAUGCUUUAUGCAAAGCAAAUUACCCGAAGACGGUCACAUUCUAAGCACCAAUGCUCCUACCAAACAUCGAGUGCAGCAAACGUCCCGAAAGGCCAUUUCGCUGUUUAUGUAGGAGAUGAAGAGAAGAACAAGAGAUUUGUGGUUCCAAUAUACUACUUGAAGCACCCUUUAUUCCAAGCCUUGUUGAGCCAGGCUGAGGAAGAGUUUGGUUUUGAUCGUCCAGAGGGUGGUCUCAUGGUUCCUUGCGCUGAAGAUGAAUUCAUCAAUCUCACUUCUCGAAUAAAUCAAGCGUGAGUCAAGGUGCUAAUAGUUAAGCUACAAGGAUUUUGAUUUGUUUUUGGGUAGUUUGAUCUUCCAUUGUAGUAUAUAUAGUACUGAGCUUUGUAAAUGAGUUUAUUAGCUUUGCUAACAGAAAAUUUAACAUGUUUUCUUGUCAGCAAAGAAUUAGUAAUUACUAAA